AUGACUACCAACGAGAAAUCAAUUGUUAUACCAAUGUCUGUCCGUGAUGUUGACGAAUGCGAUGACUAUUUUUUAAUGAUUAAAUCUGAUCUUUAUGAAAGAUUUGUAAAUUUUUGGACGAGACGCCAAAGAUUCACAAAAAAAUGUGAUCCGAAAACUUACUCAAAAGUAUUUAUUGUGGAUGGUCAUCAGAAAGCUAAUCGACUCAUUUGCCAACACAAAGACGUAUUUGGCAAUACUGUGCCUAAACUUGGACCAGUGCAAAUGGGAUGUCUUUACUCUCCUCUGAAGAAAGCAUCUAAUAUUGAUCACAGAUUCUGUCAACAUCAUCAAACGUCGAAAGCGCUAUCCAGUACAAUAUCCCAUAUGACUCAUGAGAAUAGAGGAACUGAUUUAGAUAAAUUAGCAUUAGCUCAAUUCAUUGAUAUAGAUGGUCGUUUUAACGAUGAAUUGUGUAAUGUGUUCAGAUCUGGAAUUACUAACAAAUCAAAGAUAAGUUCUUAUGGAUUUCUAGGUACUUUCUUGAACUGCCCCGUUAUUGUUGGAUUCACCGAACAUCCAUGUUCUGAGGGAAUGAGGCGGGUCCCCCAUCAUGUAUUAACCAUUAUGCGAUUCGGUCUAUUACCUGCAGCAAUGUGUUAUGAUUGCGCAUGUACGCCCAAGCUCUUCGUUGAUAAACACUUUGGAUCAGACAAUUUGAAGUCGACGAAUUUUACUGCAUUUCUUCCGCCAUUACCCAUGGCACUUGGUCGAUUUCAUGUCAAGAAUCAUAAGAGAGCAAUGUGCAAAACAAUAAUGCGACCUGACCGUGAGUGUCAUAAUGGUCUAUACAAUGCUAUCAAUACACAAGUUCCUGAGUAA